AUGGCACCCCUCAAAUCCCUCCUCCUCGGCGCUUCCCUGGCCACCCUCGCCCUUUCCACCCCACUGGCAACCGACGCCGAAAACCUCUACGCACGUCAAUUCGGCACGGGCUCUACAGCCAACGAACUCGAGCAGGGAAGCUGCAAGGAUGUGACUCUCAUCUUUGCGAGGGGGUCAACUGAGCUUGGGAAUAUGGGCACCGUAAUCGGGCCCCCUCUCUGCGACAACCUGAAAUCCAAACUCGGAUCCGACAAAGUCGCCUGCCAGGGUGUCGGCGGCCAAUACAGCGCCGGACUCGUGCAGAAUGCACUGCCCCAGAACACCGAUCCGGGGAGUAUCUCUGCCGCGAAGCAGAUGUUCGAGGAGGCGAAUUCGAAGUGUCCCAAUACCAAGAUUGUUGCGGGUGGUUAUAGUCAAGGAAGCGCUGUGAUCGAUAACGCCGUGCAAGAGCUCAGCACCACCGUGAAAGACCAAGUGAAGGGUGUCGUGCUCUUCGGGUUCACGAGAAACGUGCAGGAUCACGGCCAGAUCCCUAACUACCCUAAGGAUGACGUGAAGGUUUAUUGUGCCGUGGGCGAUCUGGUCUGUGAUGAUACGUUGGUUGUUACGGCGAUGCAUUUGACGUAUGGAAUGGAUGCGGGCGAUGCGGCGAGCUUUUUGGCGGAGAAGGUGCAGUCUUCUAGUAGUUCGACUACUAGCUCCAGCUCGGAUGCCGCGAGUAGUUCGUCUGCUGCCGGGACGUCGUCGUCGGGGUUGUCGGGACUGUCUUCUUUUUUCGGAGGUCUUUAA